UGGAGAUCCGCGCUCUGAGGUUCGAGAGGUUCGACUCGACCCCCGGGAUUCGGCUCGGUUCGGACACCCCUGAACCAGCCCGCGGACCACAGCCCCGCGCGAGCUCCGCGAGACCGGACACGCGGCAGCCCGUGACCCGCAGCCAGAUGGGACAGGAGCGCGAGGCGUGCGGCUGAGCCGCGAGGCAACGCGGUGCUGCCGGGAACCCCGUCGGAAACGGGCAAAAUGUCCGCUUCUGCGUGUUUAGGGCGGAAGGUGUUUUGGGCUGUACUAGGCGGGGAGCCGAGCCCCAAUCUGCGCGCUCCGAGUGUCCCACCCCGACACGCUUACAGCGGGGUGCGACUCGCUUUCUGGCUCGCUACUCUGUCGGGAGGACAGUGAGGAUGAUGGUAUUUUUUCAUGAAGCGAUAACUAAACUGCCGUUAUUAACUUGUAGAUUUUAACUUGAAUUUGAGGUUCAUCCGUGAAUCUAAUCGGUUAAUCUGCGGUCGUGUAGACUGUCCACUCUGGGCUGCCCACGAGCUGCACCGCGGAGCGACACAGGCGGAAAUACGACCACGCUCGAGGCGCGACAAUUAAAUAUCAAACCCUCAAAUUACGUGCGCGCUACAGACGUGCGCUGUAUCUUCAUUUUAUACGAGAAAGCUGUUCGGGAAGGCAGCGGCGCGCUGGAGACCCGGGUUCGAGUCCGCCUCCGGUCUACAACGACUCGAGACCCGGGAUGGAUUCUAGUCUCAGAUACUUAUUUCACAGUGGAGUCUCAGUAUGUGUCGGCCGGCGGCGUCACUGAGCGAGGCUCGGGCGCCCCCGUGUGUUUGAGGGCGGAACUGCAGCCGCCCUCCUCCCCCGGCAGCAUGGACCCGGCGGAGGUGCAGCCGGACAUGAACGAGGUCAUCGUGCGGCACUACAACCACUCGGGCAAGUGGGGGCGCGGGCGGGGCGCGGGCGCCUGGAAGACGGCGCUGCUGCUGCUCUUCUGCCUCUGCAUCGUGCUGGAGAACCUGCUGGUGCUGCUGGCCAUCUGGAGGAACAGGAAGCUGCACAGCCGCACGUACUUCCUGAUCGGGAACCUGGCGCUGUGCGACCUGCUGGCGGGCGUGGCCUACGUGGUCAACUUCUUCACCUCGGGCCAACGCACCUUCUUCCUGUCGCCCGGCCUGUGGCUGGCGCGCGAGGGCAGCAUGUUCGUGGCCCUGAGCGCCUCCACCUUCAGCCUCCUGGCCAUCGGCAUCGAGCGCCACAUGACCAUGGUCAACCUCAGGCCCCACGACGCCUCCAAGCGCGGCCGGCUCCCGCUGCUGCUGGGCGCCUGCUGGGCGGUGGCGGUGCUGCUCGGCGCCCUGCCCAGCGCCGGCUGGAACUGCCUGGGCCGCCUGCCCGCCUGCUCCACCGUGCUGCCUCUGUACGCCCGGAGCUACGUGGCGUUCUGCAUCAGCGUCUUCAGCGCGCUGCUCUGCGCCAUCGUCAUCCUCUACAUCCGCAUCUACCGGCUGGUCACCUCCAGCGGGCGGCGCCUGGGCGGCCGGGCCGGCCCGUCGGAGCACGCGCUGGCCCUGCUGCGCACCGUGGUCAUCGUGCUGGGUGUGUUCGUGUGCUGCUGGGCGCCGCUCUUCGUGCUGCUCAUGCUGGACGUGGCCUGCGGGCCCGCGCGCUGCCCGGUGCUGUACAUGGAGCACUGGUUCAUCGGGCUGGCGGUGCUCAACUCGGCCCUCAACCCACUCAUCUACACCCUGUCCAGCCGCGAGAUGCGGGGCGCCUUCUGCCGCCUGCUGUCCUGCGGCCCCACCUGCGGCCUGGGCCCCGAGGAGACCGCCAGGCCGGCCAACGGCACGCCGGCCCCCACCGUGGAGAACAGCCACAGCCGCUGCAGUGGGGCUGGGGGCGAGGCCGGGGGAGGAGAGGGGAGGGGCACACAGAAGAAGGCCCCGCCCCCAGGUCUGGACACGGCCCCGCCCCCCGGCAUGCUGCUGUCAGCGGUGCUCGUCAAGGCCAGCGCACUCCCCCCAAACCUCGGCAAGCUCUGAGAGGGCGCCCCGAAAAUGCCCCUCGGCUCCGGGAGCAAGCAACCUCAGCGAGCGCAGACAGAGCCCCACAUUCGGGGUCCUACCGGGGUUCCUGAACCGAGACCGACCGGGCGGCCCAGCGUGCUCUUGCUCCCUGCCCCUACAGCACCGCGCCUCCCCGCACCGACACAGAGCGUCACAGGCGGGCCGGCAGGCAGCCUGGCGCCGCAGAUCCGCUCUCCUGCAGACAGCCGGCGCUGUGCAAGACGAGACCCCUGACAGCACAGGGGCUCCUGCCUUUCCCUAGCAGCUGGACGAGGAGGCAGGAACUGCUGUGAAUCCGACCAGAGCACUGAGCAGGAGCCCCAGGUAGAGACGGGAGGAGCCCCACUCAGCCCCAGUAGCUCACUGAUCCCAGACUCUUCCUGAAGGAUCUCGGGGAGUCUGCUGGUGUAGCACGACCAGGCAGUUUGCUCCAGGCACCCCCCAGUCUCUAUGUAAAGAUGUGCCUCGAGAUCUUAAUGUCCACUGUUAUCCUCUUUCCUAUCUGCCCCCCCUCCAUUGCUGACAAAGUUUUAACGGCUCGGACUCAUUAAUAAAUGUUUUUAAAAUACGUUUUUAGAAUGUUUGGUCUCAGAAAUGUAUAUAAGCUGUACAUACACUUGGAAGCUUUUCUGUUUGCAUCUGUUUUGUAAUGUAUUUCUAAGAAUUUUUUUUAGGUUUUAUUUAUUGCCCGAAGGAUCACUACAGUCAGUAUUCAGGUCUGGCCUGUAGGGGGCGCAGGGCAGUGCUGGAAAUGGGAGAUCCCAGCCUCCUGUGAAUCAUCCUGAAUGAGAUGC